AUGACGCGCACUGUACUGUGGUUUGCCGUACUGGCAGUACUAGCCUUGAGCCUGCACAAUGCAUCAGCCCAGCUGGACAACACGAUCGUCAGCAGGCGCAGUUCCAUCAACUCCACCCUGUCCUCCUUCUCGACCAACAUCGUCAACAAGGUGAAUGAGUAUGCGAGCAAAUACACCAGCCUGCGUAACGACAUGUCCUGGCAGCUGCGGACAGCAUCGGAAACGCUUACCAGCUUCCUGUCGGACAAACAGAUCGGUGACAAUGCGCUGCUUGCGUCGGACGUACUGUCCGCAGCUAGUACCACGCUGACGGCUAGUGUGUCCGCCUCCAUCACCAUUUCGACCACCUUCUCCACCGUUAGCACGUGUGUGAAUACGAAAACGCAAGCUUCGGUUAGUGCAACGUUCAGUGCGUUCAGUACGGCCCAAUCGUCGUACUUUAGCAUCAUCACCACCUCCACGUCACCGUUCCUGUCGACCUGCCGGUCGAAGUUCUCCAACACGGCGAACGAUUUGGUUAACCAGUGUGCCGAUCGCAUCCAGGACUGUCUGAACGAUGAAAACACCGAGCUGAGCCGCGUGAACUCGAUCCUGAACAACUUUAUGACGCUGAUGAGGCAACACUACCAGGCGUUAAGUAACCAUGUCCGUUACUGUAGCGGUCUCGGUUCGACUUCGUCCCGCACGGAAGUGAAGGCAGAAAUUAACGCCUGUCUUAAGGGGAUCUCGAUCUACGUCGGACCACUGUACAAGGCACUGGUCGAGCAGCAGUACCAGCUGGUCAACACGAUGAUGCAGCUGGAGGUGGUGGCAUCGAACAAUCGGGUCAAAUCAUGCAUCAACCAGGUCAGCUUGAGCUACACCGCAAUGGCGGAACAAAUUGUGCCCUCGCUUAACGAGUGUCUGCAGACCGGACAGUAAA